AAACUGACACUACCAACUCCGCAAAUUUGCGUAACCAAAUCACUACCCAACAAACCACUAUUGCUGACCAAACCAACCAACUUGCUAAUCUCCAAACGCAAAGUGAAAAAAGCCGCAACUGA